AUGUCUGUCAACUCGUUGCUCCGAUUUGGAGCAGUAUGCCCCUUCUUGGGCCAUACUACGCCCCAGACUCUGGGUGCAUUGGCCAAAACACACGGUGUGAACAAUAUGUCAUCGUUGACUACAUCGGCAUUGAGAUGUCCCAUGAUGGGUCCAAAAUUGGCUCAGAUGGCACAGGCUAGAGCUUUCGCGAGCGUCGCUGAGCCCAAGGAGGUCGCAGAGAUCCAUAGGUCCAAAGACAUCAAGUACGAUCCUUCUCAAGCGGAUAAAUGUCCCCAUGCCAAAGCUGCCAAGGAAGCCGCUGAAAAGGCGGAAAGGGAACACAAGCUCAGUACCUCGGACAAGGCUGCGGCGUUUGAUUAUCAAGGAUUUUACCAUACUGAAUUGGACAAGAAACAUCAAGACAAGUCUUACCGUUACUUCAACAACAUCAAUCGACUCGCUGCGAAAUUCCCAGUGGCUCACACGUCCAACACUACCGAUGAAGUGGACGUUUGGUGUUCCAACGAUUAUCUGGGGAUGAGCAGGAACCCCGUCGUCCUUGGCACGAUGAAACGCACUCUUGACCGAUACGGCGCAGGAGCAGGCGGAACGAGGAACAUUGCCGGCAAUGGCGCCUUGCACCUCUCACUGGAGAAUGAGCUCGCAUCGCUGCACCGAAAGGACGCCGCAUUGGUCUUUUCAUCCUGCUAUGUCGCCAAUGACGCGUGUCUCGCGACGAUUGGCUCCAAGCUACCGGGUUGUAUCAUCUUCUCUGAUGCUCUCAACCACGCGUCGAUGAUCCAAGGGAUCCGACAUUCGGGAGCUAAAAAGGUCAUCUUCAAGCACAAUGACAUGGAAGAUCUGGAAGCCAAGCUUGCGCUUGUGCCCAAGGACACUCCCAAGAUUAUCGCUUUUGAAAGUGUGUAUUCGAUGUGUGGAUCCAUCGCACCCAUCGAAAAGAUCUGCGACCUCGCCGACAAGUAUGGUGCCAUCACUUUCCUCGAUGAAGUCCACGCCGUAGGGAUGUACGGUCCUUCCGGUGCUGGAGUUGCCGAGCACUUGGACUUUGAAGCGAACAAUUCUACGCCUGCAGCAGAGACCAUCAAGGGAUCUGUCAUGGAUCGAAUCGAUAUCAUCACGGGUACCCUAGGUAAGGCGUUCGGUGUCGUCGGAGGAUACAUUGCUGGAUCGGCUGGUCUCGUGGAUGUCGUGCGAUCUUAUGCUCCUGGAUUUAUCUUCACCACCUCGCUUCCCCCUGCCGUCGUAGCUGGUGCACAAGCUUCUAUCGCCUACCAAAGGGAAUACAAGGGCGAUCGACGAUUGCAACAGAUCAACACUAGAGAAGUCAAGCGACAGUUGGAAGAACUUGAUAUCCCCGUUGUCCCCAAUCCUUCACACAUCAUCCCGGUUCUCGUCGGAGACGCCGCUCUCGCCAAGGAAGCUUCCGACCUCCUCUUGUCCAAGCAUCACAUCUAUGUCCAGUCCAUCAAUUAUCCUACUGUUCCCGUUGGCGAGGAGCGGCUCCGAAUCACACCCACACCUGGACACACCACUGAACAGAUGGCGCAUCUCGUCCAGUCGAUCAAUAGCGUUUUCAAACAGCUCAACCUGAAGCGAACGUCUGACUGGGAGCAAAUGGGAGGUCGAGCAGGCGUAGGAAUACCCAUGGCUGAAAAGGUGUCGCCUAUCUGGACAGAUGCCCAGUUGGGACUCGACGAUGGAUCGGCUCCCAAGCGACUCGACGCGGGUGUCAAGGGUGUCAUCCGAAAGGAAGCCGUAACCAUUGCUGAACAGAGAUUGACGCAUCUCCUCGGGGCUGCCUCUUCGUCCGCUCAACUCUCGGCAUCCGCCUAA